AUGUCCCUUAAAACUUUUAUUUCGACACGGUUCCAGUCUCUACCUAUCGCUUCAGCCGCGAGCAUAACGCAUACAAUUUGCCAACAACAAAUUAUCAAUGUAAAUAACAGGGUAUACUCUACAAAUCUGUACGCUUUACAGUCGAAAACACCAAUUUCAAUAGCAACAAUUUCACUAUUAACGUUAACAAAAAAACCGCAGAAUUCUAUCGUCAUUGCUCCUGCGAUUCCCGCCACCUUCAUUACAUCACACUACCGUGUUCCACGUUCCACACCGCAGACACAACGCGAACAACGCCGUUUCCGCGCAGAAUUUGCGCCCAGAAAGUGGAAAUACCGAAAAAAGCAUAAGGGCCGAGUUCCGGUACGUACAGGAGGCUCCACCAAAGGCAAUUACUUGGCUUUUGGAGAAUACGGAAUACGCGUGAAAUACGGGGUGAGAUUAUCCAGUGCGCAACUGACAGCCGCACAUCAUGCGAUACGUCGAAAGAUUAAAGUGGUCAAGGGAUCAAAGAUGUGGAUGCGUGUGUUUCCCGAUAUUCCUGUGACCGCAAAGGGGAAUGAGUCUCGUAUGGGUAAAGGAAAAGGGUCGUUUGAGUAUUGGGCGUGUCGGGUGCCGAUGAAUAAGAUUCUUUUCGAGAUUGGUGGUGGUGGGAUUAGAAAGGAGGUUGCUAAGGAAGCUUUGAAAUUGGCGGCCGAUCGGUUACCGGUGAAAACUGAAUUUGUAGAUGGAAAAUUGGAAUCACCGUCACCAAAAAAAAUAAAAUUUCUAACAUCAUCGAAAUCAACAACCAGUGCUGUUAAUUCGGCUAAGUCACCAGCAUCGACCACACCUAUUCUGAUAAAACCACCAGCAGCAGUGUCAUCAUCAGUUACUCAGAAACCGGUUGCAAUUCCGAAAAAAUAA